AUGGGACCCCUACCGUCUGAGGAAUAUGUACUGGUCGUGGUUGAUUAUUACAGCCGAUAUUUCGAAGUGGACAUUCUGACGUCCAUGACAUCCACUAAAGUAAUUGAGAGUUUGGAUAAGAUUUUCUGUACCCAUGGGUUACCAAAGUCGUUGAAAACUGACAACGGUUCACAGUUUGUGUCCGAUGAAUUUCAACGUUUCCUGGAAACAAAUGAUAUAGAGCACCGCACCUCGACCCCCCUAUGGCCUCAGGCAAAUGGGGAGGCUGAAAGACAGAACAGAAGCUUGCUUAAAGCCCUUAAGAUUGCUAAAGCUGAAAAAAGAAUAUCUGGACCGAGAUGCGAAAGUUCUUAA